AUGGCGAGCCUCUCGAAUUUGUCAGAUACCAUUGCAUCGACUCUAGCAAACCUACCGCCACAAGACCAGAUCCAAGAUGGUGAGCGAAUGCGGCUAUUGAAACUCGUUGAACAACUCCAGACGGCUCUGGAGCCGCCUUUCCUGCAUCUACAGCGGUUUUGUUUCUCGCACUAUGAGAUCGUAAUCAUUCGUAUCGCCCAGGGUAUGGGCGUGUUCGAUGCGUUCGUUCAGACUCAGGGAGCAGACUUGAGUCUCAAGGAGCUUUCCUCGAAAGUCAAAGGCGACGAGAAGCUGCUAAAGCGUGUCAUGAGGUUUCUAUGCUCGUAUAAAGUGUUCACACAGGCAGUCAACGAUGUAUACAAGCCUGCGCCGUUGGCAAUGAUGCUCGGAGGAUUGCCUGGAGACAUGGUCAAACACUGUCAUAGCAUCAUGCAAAUAUCCGCAAAGCUUUUCGAGUACUUUGAGAAUUGUGGAUACAAGAACCCCGAGGAUGCUUUUGAUGGGCCUUUCCAAUUCGCCUUCAACACCAAGCAGCAUUACUUCGAUUGGUUGCAAACGCAGCCCAAUGCUCAGAGUGAAUUUAAUUCAGUCAUGACGUUUAGCCAACAACUCCGCGGAAAGGACUGGUUUGAAAUCUACCCAGUCGCGGAAAAGCUGAAUAGUUCUUCGGGCCGCGCGUUAUUAGUCGAUAUUGGAGGUGGCGUCGGGCACGAUGUCAUUGCUUUCAAGAAACGGUUUCCAGACGUGAUUGGCGAGCUGGUCGUACAAGAUCUGCCGCAAGUUAUCCAGUCAAUCAACGGAGCUCUGCCGGAUGGAAUCAUCGCGAUAGGCCAUAACAUGUUUGAACCACAGCCCAUCCGUGGCGCCAGAGCGUAUUACUUGAGAACUGUCCUGCACGACUGGCCAGAUAAACAAGCCCUGGAUGUUCUCGCCCGCAUUCGUGAAGCCAUGGUGGAGGACUCUGUCUUGCUGAUCAACGAACACACGACUCCUGAAUCACUUGAAGUACCAAUAGUUUCAGCGUCACUGGACUUUCAGAUGAUGGGGAUAUUCUCGUCACUUGAGCGGACGGAGGAGCAGUGGAUUUCCCUUCUAAGACGAGCUCAGUUCAAGGUGGUCAAGGCCUGGAAGAUUGACACUAUCAUGGCCCGGAGGGUGCUGGGCGGAGGCCGCGUUCUCGGAAGCGGGAAGAACCUCUCGCCAGCUACAGCUUCCUCAACUUCAUCUCCGCAGCCCAAAGGACGCCUUUCGCCAUCCCCAAGUAGUGUGUCCUUAAAUUCGCAAGCGUCUGUAUCUCAAUACUCUCCCGACCCUCAAGACCUUACAUCCCGGAUCUCUCUUGACAAUGGCGAGACGUCCAUAUCAGCGGCGCCCGCCGCAACAGGAGCGCAAUUGGCAUGUCCAAUUUGCAAUGAAGAGAUGGUAACACUGCUUCAGCUGAAUCGACAUAUCGACGACGCACAUCAGAACUUGGAAGAGGUCAAACAGGACGAAGUGAAGGACUGGUUCAAAGCACAAAUGGAUAAAGCGAAGAAAUUCCAACCUCUAGCGGUACUCAAUCAGAAGCUCAAAGGCCUAGACGUUUUCGAAUCGAACGAUAAUCCACAACCCCCUUCUAUAGCGAUCGCUCGGCAGGCCACCGGUCCGGUCGAAGUCAAACCGCCAGACCCGGAUGAAGUCGUCACACGAUUGAUACGAGACCAUACGGAGGAUUUCACCAAAUUUAGGAAACCCACGAUUGACAAAGCUUUCCUGGAAGUAUCCAGACUCGAGAAGAGGUUGACCAGGUUGACGCAGGCUCUCGCAAAUCUGCCGGCGGAUCAGAUUCAGUCCGGCGCAAGUAAGCGAUGGCCUCUUGGACGACAAAGCGACCAGCGUCGCGAAAUUGAGCAAUCAAUUGUGAGCUGGCAGGACGAUACUAGCGUCCCGCAGUGCCCCUUUUGCCAGCAAGAAUUUACGAGCUAUACAUUCCGCAGACACCACUGCAGGACUUGUGGGCGAGUUGUGUGCGCAGACCCAUCGACCGCCUGCUCGGUUGAAGUUGGUCUAGCAGUAGCAUCCAAACGACAGACUCCCAGUGAGAAAUCUAUACCCUCCAAGAUCAAUGUUGAUGUCAGACUGUGCAAAGAGUGUAGAGCCACUCUUUUCAGUCGCCGCGACUUUGAUGAGCAGAGGUUGCAGAAGCCACCUGUAGCUCGCUCGUACGAUAAUCUCGUACAGUUUGAAAGAGGCAUCAGGCUGUUGCAGCCACGCUUUCAGAAGCUGCUAACUGCCCUACAGGAUCCGCAUAAUCCGCCAACACCGGCACAGCUUACAGAGGCUUCGAAAGUCCGCAAACGACUCAUAGAUUCCUUUGCACAGUAUGACACAGCUGCCCGACGAAUCCGUGAUCUACCAACAAAUUCGCCUACUCAACAAAAAUUACAGAAAGCAAUAUAUCAACAAGCCAGUAACUUCCUGCACUUACACAUGCUGCCUCUCAAGAGUCUGCCGAAGAUCUUGAAACAUGCGACACCAGGUGGUCGUCCAUUACCCAAUAGCCACAGUCGAAGUUCCCUUCAUGCCGAUCCAUCAUCAACCGCCAAGCCAUUCAGCUCAGCUCUGGCUUCAAUCAAAUACGGUAACAACACUCCCAACGGCAGCAGUCAAAGCAUCACUAGCGACAACAGCAGCGCCAUUUCCGCGCUCGAAGAUGAAGAAAAAGCCCUGAGAGAUCGAUUGAUCGUUCUCGAAGAACAGAAAUUUUUCGUCUCAGAGAUGAUUGCCGAUGCUAACAAGCGCCGCAAAUUCGAUGAGGUGAGCGCUUUGGCUUUGAAUGUUGAGGAUCUCAGUAAGGAGAUUGAUCGGAUCAAUGGGAUUUUGAAUAAUAUGGACUUUGAGAGUUUGUAUACGGGGAAUGCGCAGAGUUGA